GGGGCCGCCCGCCGCCCAUGGCCAGCCCGCCGCCGCCAUAACGCCGCCAUGGGGAGGCCCGCGAUGAUAGAUGGAGUUAUGAUCCUUCCCGUGCUGCUGCUGCUGGCGCUUCCCCCCCGCAGCGUGCAAGACGAUGAGCUGAAGCUGAAUAUGGUCCACUACGAGUGUGUGUGUGAGGGCAUGUCCUGUGGGAACGGAGAUCGUUGCCAAGGCCAGCAAUGUUUUGCUUCUCUAAGCAUUAAUGACGGUGCUAAGGUUUACCAGAAAGGCUGCUUCCAAGUCUACGAACAAGGGAAAAUGACGUGCAAAACACCACCAUCUCCCGACCAAGCUGUUGAGUGCUGCCAAGGAUACCUGUGCAAUAUGAAUAUCACUGCACAGUUGCCUUCUUCUAAAGGGCAAACCCUUCAAGGAGAAGCUGCAGGUUACAGCAUGGAAACACUAAUUAUUGUUAUACUGGCUCCUGUGAUAGUGCUGAUAUUUUUUUCUGCGGUAGCUGUGCUGAUCAUCCGGAGAAUACAGAAAAGCCAUAUGGAGAGGCUAAAUUCUAGAGAUGCAGAGUAUGGCACAAUUGAGGGACUCAUUGCAUCAAAUGUUGGGGACAGUACAUUGGCAGAUUUAUUGGACCAUUCCUGCACAUCUGGAAGUGGUUCUGGACUUCCUUUCUUGGUGCAAAGGACGGUGGCUCGCCAGAUCACGCUUGUAGAGUGUGUAGGAAAGGGACGUUAUGGAGAAGUCUGGAGGGGUCAGUGGCAAGGAGAAAAUGUUGCUGUGAAGAUCUUCUCUUCUAGGGAUGAAAAAUCCUGGUUCAGGGAAACUGAAUUGUACAACACUGUAUUGCUGCGGCAUGAGAACAUUUUAGGUUUUAUUGCAUCUGAUAUGACUUCCAGAAACUCUAGUACCCAGCUGUGGUUAAUUACCCACUACCACGAAAUGGGGUCUCUGUAUGACUAUCUGCAGCUCACUACCCUGGACACUGUCAGCUGCCUGCGAAUAGUCCUGUCCAUAGCUAGUGGUCUUGCACAUUUGCACAUUGAGAUAUUUGGAACCCAGGGGAAGCCUGCCAUUUCUCAUCGGGACUUGAAGAGCAAAAAUAUCCUUGUCAAGAAAAAUGGACAGUGCUGCAUAGCAGAUCUAGGCCUUGCAGUUAUGCACUCCCAAAGCACGAAUCAGUUGGAUGUGGGGAACAAUCCCCGUGUGGGCACCAAACGCUAUAUGGCUCCAGAAGUCUUGGACGAAACCAUCCAGGCUGACUGCUUCGACUCUUACAAAAGGGUCGACAUCUGGGCUUUUGGGCUGGUCCUCUGGGAAGUAGCUAGGCGCAUGGUUAGCAAUGGUAUUGUAGAAGACUAUAAACCUCCAUUUUAUGACCUGGUCCCAAAUGAUCCCAGUUUUGAAGACAUGAGAAAAGUGGUCUGUGUAGAUCAGCAAAGGCCGAACAUUCCCAACAGGUGGUUCUCAGACCCUACAUUAACAUCUCUUGCCAAGUUGAUGAAAGAAUGCUGGUAUCAAAAUCCAUCAGCAAGACUAACAGCCCUGCGAAUCAAAAAGACUUUGACCAAAAUUGAUAAUUCCUUAGAUAAACUGAAAGCUGACUGUUGACCUUCUCAUGGUGCUCUCCUGACAGGAAGGCACUUGUCUGGUUCAGAAGUAGUCUGGCUAGACGGUUUAUAUAAUUGGUCCCCAUGUGGCUUCUUAUAGAGGCAGAAGUUUCUACCAAGCCAUCUGUUUGGGAGACAUCAGAACCAUAUGGACUUUGCUCAGUGACUACAAUGGGCAUUUCACAAAUGGUCAAGCUAUAAAGACUCAUGCUGGAUGUACUGUUGCAAAGGUAGUGGCCUGAAGGAAGACAGAGAAAUCCUAAGACAAGAUCAGGGCAUUAAAUAAUGGCUUUGAACAGCUACUUCCCCCCUAUCCCCCCCCCUUUUUUUUUUAAUUCUCCUAAUCACUCCCAGGGUGAACACAUGGAAGUGGUAAAUUUUAAUCAGCAAUAUUGCCUGUGCUUCUCUUCUUUAUUGCACUAGGAAUUCUUUGCAUUCCUUACUUGCACUGUCACUGUUAAUUUUAAUGACAUGACUUGCCAAAAAUAUGAUUGGCUGUAUACUACAUUGAUCUAUGCCUGAAUAAUAGGAAAUGAAUUUGGUAAACUGAAAAUGUAACUGUCAGAUUUUAGCUGCAUUUUACAUGUGUACUGAUGUUUACAAUAAUGCUGAACAUUAGGAAUUUCUCGUUUAUACAAAACUUGCAAAUUAUUUAUUACUAGUGCACUUGCCAGUUUUUUAAACUGUAAAAUAAGUGCAUAAAGUUAAAGCUUAUUUUUAUGUGGCCUCUUUCAUGAUUUCUUACACAAAUGUUUUUGUAACACUAUAACCUGAAACAUAAUUGUUUUCUGUAUUAUCAUAUUACAACUCAAUAGUCACAUUUUAAGUGCUUCACAUUUGUAGGUGUGUGGUCUGUAACAAUUUUCAGUUCAAAUAUGGAACAUAUAUAUAGCUGUUACCCACAUGACAAUGUGUCUAGUAUCUUACUGAUCUAGAAGAGGAAAGCAGUGGAGGAAUUAACUAGAAUUUUAGGUCAUGAAUGCUGUGGGGAGAAUGCAUUUUAUUUCUUCUAAGCUAUAUAAUAUGCAUUUAAACUCUGCCAGAAAAAAAUAACUAUUUUGUUUUAAUCUACUUUUUCUAUUUAGUAGUUAUUUGUAUAAAUUAAAUAGAAUGUUUUCAAGUCAAACAAAAGAGUGGUUUUAGUUCUGUUACUGUCUAUUGGUAACAAAUGUACACUAAGCAGCAAUGGGUAUUUCCAGUCACCUGCUCCCAGGUAAAUAAUGUUGGUUCAGGUUAACACCAGAUUUAAAACCAAGGUACUGAGGCUUAUUGACUGUUGUUUGUCUGGGUGUGUUUUUUCCUGUGCUGGGCUGGAUCCCAAAAUAGUACAGCACGGAAAUGGUGUACUUUUUGGAUAUGACAUCAACUGUGUCCAUGCAAACCUCCUAAAGCAUGCCUUGCAGAAGGGGAUGUGUUGUCCCUUAAUCUUAUGGGGAAGAAUUCAGCUUUGUACCUGGAAAACUGUGUUCUCUACCUGUACCUCUUGAUAUUUUCAUAUCGUUUGUUUCUCCAGAUGGAAGAGUAACUAUGGACUGACAGUGUUCUUUUAUCUUUUUUGAGAAAAAAACUCCUUGUUGGCUUGAAAUCCUCCAGGUAAUCUAAGAACCUAAAAAAGUAAUGAGCCAUUAAGCCAUGUUUCAUCUCUGCAUUCAAAAUUUUCUUUAAGGUUCCCUUCUUGGCUUUAUGGCUGCCAGAUUCUGCUCUCCUCUUCCCUCUAAUUUCUCCUUCUCAGUCCCAGUCUUCCUUGUCCCCCUAUGACCGAGUGGCCUGCCUUUUUCUACGUUUCUGCUCGUGUAGAAAUAGCAGCCUAGUUUGCAGAUAGGCACUUCAUGGGUUUAAGAGACUGCAUAGUAUAGCCCUGCAAAACAGAAUUGCUAGCAGUUGCUAGGUCUCUUAAUUAUACUUCAUGAGAAUCUGACAAGAUCUAGUGCUGCCGAAUAUAUAUAUUAUAUAUUGGUUUUUAACAAUAUAUGCCUGAGUGCAUUCUGGUUUGCUUUGGAUAUGCACGCUGGGCUGGCUGUUGAACAGCUGCAGCCUGGGAAGGAGGGAGGGUGUUUCAGAAACGAGUCGAAUGAAUCAAUCUCUCGGGUUGAAGGUGUUAUGUGAGUGGAAGUAAUCGUGAAUGUUGCAACCACAAAAUCAGUAGUGAAGUUAGCGAUAAUCUUCUGACACAGAUUAUUGCCUGAGGUUCCUUGGUUCUAGCUGCCUGGUGCACACGUGUGUGUUUCUUCCCUGUACACUUGUGUGACAGAACAGGCUGGUACUUACACCAAACGGGAUGCGAGGCAGCCUGAGGGCCCCGACUGCUGCAGUGCGCAGGUGAGCACAGCCAGGGACCUCGGGAAGUGGAGGUGAGAGGGAGGUAGCUGGGGGGACAGACAGGGACAACGCCUGAGGCAAAGCUCAGUGCACAACGGGAGUUCAGCAUGGGUUUGCCAGGCUUUUUGCUUGGAGUUUUCACCUCUCUCAGCAUUUACUACUAAAAGUAUUGGAGCAGAGAGGCAAUCUGUCACAUGGAUGAUUAACAGCACUGGCGGUGUUGGCUGAAUUGGUCGUGCCUUUCUCAAACAGUAAAAUAUCAAAUCACAGCAUCUGACAGAUAUUAGGAAAGAUGGUUACAUCAAACACUUGGCCUCUUUGUGCUGCAGCCUUUUCUGAGCAGUGCUGUGUAUGUAGAAGGGUGACAGGAGUUGAGCCUGGACACGGCUCUGCACAUCUCAGUGUGCUGCUCCUGGCGGUGUGGCUGUUGGGGCUGCAGGGCUGGGUGCCAGUCCUGUCACCUCUGUCGGACCCAGCUGGGUCCUGCGGGGUGCCGGGCUGCUGGAGGGAAGCGCACAGCUUUCCAGGGGGCUCUUCCAGGACAGGGCUCUGGAAACCACUGCCUUCUGCUGAGCUGGGAUACAGGCUUGGUUGAGGAACCUUAGUGUAAGUUAGAACUCCGGUCUCAUCUUUCCCUGCCCAUAAAGCAGAGACAAGCAGCUAAAGGAAGAACACAAACCUCGCAGAACCUCAGCAGUUCGGUGCUGGACAUGCAGUGUCCCAGAGCAGGACACUGCAAGGGGUGGUGCUGCUGGUGGCUUCCCUUAGCAGAUCGGGAUGUCCAGGGGUUCUUUUAAACAAAAUCCAUGUUUGUGCCCUGCAAAUGAACUACUUUUGGUCUAGGCUUUGACUGAGCAAUUGGAAAUAUGAACUAUUUUUUUAAUUAGGUGAGCAUUCAAAUUUACAGCAACAAAAACACCUCUGAGUAGGGAAAAAAUAUCACAGGGAUUAAUUUGUGAGCGUUAGCAACAAGUCAUUCAGUCCGGCUGCUGGCUGUACCACAGUCAGUGCUUCCAAAACAGCAAAAAUAGCAAAGUGCUCUGAAUAUUCAUCUUGGUAGCUGGAGGGUGAUACACCCGGGAUCAGAGAAGGAGAAACUUGGUGAUAGCGAGGGAUUAUCUUUGGUCUCACUUUCAAGGCUCUGUUUGAAUAGUAACAGGAGAAGACUUGUUGCUGCCUUCCCCUGAAGGUGUCACGGCUUGGGCAAGGGGAAGCCACUUCAGAGUUUCCAGGUGAGGUAGAGGAAGACAGCUGCCCUCCACCCCCCGUGGUAUUUUUCCUGUAUGUUUAUUAAUGGAUGUUCCUCUAGUCCUCCCAUAAAAUCUAAUCUUCUAAAGAGAUUUGGAAUGCUUAUAUAUAAUCUGCUGCUCUCAGGGCGUCGCAGUAUUUAUUGCUAUGGAGAUGGCACAAGCCGUUCCGUAGCUGAUGUUGAAUUAUUCAUGUGGCUGGCAAAUCUGUGCUGAAUACUGCCAGCAUGGACCUGGGGUGUUGUCAUUCAAACAGGGCCAGGCUGUGUGUCAGCUCCAGUAAGAGCAGUAAAUGGAUGGAAAAAUAAAAGAAGCAUCGAGGCAUCAGCACGUGGGUAGCACUGACGGUUACAUGGGAGAGGCUAGGCAAGAAAAGAGGUACUCUAAGAAAAAAGCAACCCCCCAAACCCUAGUUUUCCUUUUUCAUAUGCAGUAGGUUUGUUUAUUACUAGUUAGGAUUAUGUUGCACUUUGACAAAUACAUAUCGGAACAGCUGCCUAAAGAAGCCUGUGGUCAGAGGCUUGUUUUAGUGUGCUGGGAAUAUGUGGCUGAAGUCUUCCUCUCAAUUGUUUGUAACUUUUCUUAUGGGUCUUCUGUGCUGAAAGCUUCCAUGAAAAUCCCUAUCAAGCCUUCUAGACUUCUUAUUUACCUGGAUUAAACUGUUCUGAUAAAGAGAGAAAAGGAAAAAUUCUCUUCCCUGUGGGGAGAAAUGUUUGCUGAGCAAAAAGAUCAGCCUUGGCACAGUUGUUGGCAUUGGAGAAGGGAAACAAAGAUGUUACAGGUGCUGUUUAUUUGUAUAGAGAAAAUUUAAAUCUUUCUCAAAUACAGAAUACUUCCAUAUUUUAAAGCCAAGACUUGUGUGGAAAAAGUAAGCAUUUUAUCAAAUGUGGAGUUAAUUAUGUACCUGACAGAUGCUCUCACCUGGGAAUAAUGCAUUCACUUUAUUCCCAGUUGGAAGGAAAAAAAAACAACAACACAUUUUUAAUGUCUGAACCAAGAAACCAUGCCAAGACACAUGCCAAAGAAUGCCAGGGAAAGCUAAGGGCAGCCGUGCACAGUUCACGUCCGUCUGGGCCCAUCGUGAUGGAAGAGAAGGCUGCAGAGGCACUGCUAGCGCCGGAGCUGGGACCUCAUCUGCAGGGUGCAGUUCCUCGCUGGUUAUGGACUUGUGUCACUACCUCCAGAGCCUGUGUGGUGGAAAGUGAAGCCAUGUGAAACGUCCUUCACAGAAGGAGACUGCAAAAGGGAUCUUCCAAGAGGCUUGGGACAUCUGCUCGCUGGGUCAAACCAGUUUUGUACAAGUCAGACGCCUUCGUGGUCCAGGAACGCGAUCCGCUUGGGGAUGGUGUCUGCCGCGAUACACCAAAGUGCCUGCCAGCUAUCUGACUUGAGAGACUUGUCUAAAUGACCACGUUUGUACGCCUUCUCACCGCAGUCACUGCUGCGUGCGCUGCUCCACGCGUGGUGGCGUUUGUCCGAGCUCGCUGGAGCCGAGGAGCGGAGCCUUGCAGACAGCGCUGGUACGCGAACCCGCGGCAUGGGGCAGCGCAGCUCCUCGGGACUAUUUAUACCUACAGCUCUAAUAAAUACCUUUGCUUGUUCUCGACUAAA